AUGCACCCUUGGGUAGCCAUCCUGGGCCUCCUACUCCUUCUGACAGAUGGUGUAACCUCUUACCAUCGAGUGACUGGAGUAGCGGGUCAGUCUGUCAGGCUACCCUGCUCAUAUACUGGAGAAAUCACAACUGCAUGCUGGGGCCGAGGGGCAUGUUCUUUGCUGAGCUGCGGAAGUAACAUUAUCUGGACUGAUGGAUACAAAGUCAUUGUUCAGAAGGACAGACGUUAUCAGCUUAAAGGAAAUAUUGGUGAAAGGGAUUUGUCUUUGAAAAUAGAGAAUACUGUCCCAUCUGACAGUGGCUUGUAUUGCUGCCGUAUUGAGAAAAGAGGAUGGUUCAAUGAUAUAAAAAUCAUUCAAGAGUUGAGUAUAAGGCCAGUACCUUCUUUAUCUUCCCCAACACAGGCUACAGAAACCAAGCCUACCACCCCAUAUGAAACAAAUAAAACUUGCUCACCAUCGUACUCUUGCUCAACAGAUGGGAAUGACACUGUGACAGAGUCUCCAGAUCCCCUUUGGCGUUGCUAUCAAGUUGGGCUGGUACAAGGUCCUUGGAUGAGCACCAACCAGGGAGUCUCCUUUGGAAUCUCUGUUGCUCUCUUGGUAGUAUUGCUCAUGUUUGUGGUAUUCUGGAUUAAGAAAAAAUAUCUUUGCCUGGAUAACAAGGUGGAGCUACUACGUGUGAUUCCUUUGAAGGAGUCUCAUAUUGGAGCUUUGAAACAUGCAGCUCUGAAGCCUAUCCAAGGAGAAGAUAAUGCCUACAUUAUUGAUGACUCUCACUAA